ACGCUCCUAACUCUGUUUCAGAAAUAACGAUGUACAAUGGAGUUAUCGUAUUUAUACGGUUCCUCGUACGUCGAAACGGACCAAUGAAAUUGCUCGGGAGGUUCUGGGGAUUCUAUAUCGCUCCUAUUGGUGGAAGACAGACUCACUACAGAGUACAUAACAAGAGACAAACCCAGCGAAGGGUUAUUAUUCGCUAAGCUAUACGUGGUGUCGAAUCUGUUGCGAUAAACAAAGAUUUGUUUUCAUUAUGCCGCCUAAAGCUAGUGGUAAAGCUGUUAAAAAAGCUGGCAAAGCUCAGAAGAAUAUUAGUAAAUCCGACAAAAAGAAGAAGCGUAAGAGGAAGGAAAGUUAUGCUAUUUACAUCUACAAAGUACUUAAACAAGUACAUCUGGAUACUGGAAUCUCCAGUAAAGCCAUGAAUAUUACGAAUAGUUUCGUCAACGAUGUUUUUGAACGAAUUGCCGCGAAAGCAUCGAGAUUAGCUCAUUACAAUAAACGUUCGACAAACACUUCUCGGGAAAUUCAAACUGCAGUGCGUUUGUUGUUACUUGGUGAAAUCGCAAAACACGCUGUUAACGAAGGUACUAAAGCUGUGACCAAAUACAUGAGCUCAAAAUAAAUGAUUAAUAUGGUGGAAUUAUAAAACCGGUCCUUUUUAGGGCCACCAAAUAAGUUUUUACGUUGAACAUGUUCUUGUAUAAAAAUAUUCUAAUUUUUAAUUAUAUUCUCAUUUCCUAUUUAAUGAUAACAAAUAGAACGGAUGAGUAUUUUAUAGAUAAAUAGUAUGCUAAAUUACUAUUUACGUUGCGUGCAUAAUAUACUGUAACUGUGUUAAAAAAAGUAUGUCGGCUUGUAACUUGUAAUCAAAUAACAAAAUGUUUUUUGAAAGAGCAAAGAACACUAGUAACUAAAGCAACUUAAAUUAAAAUAUUUUUAUUAGGAAUAACAAUUGAAUCUUCAAGGUCACUUUGUUAAUUAAGAUAUAUGUAAUUCCAAGUACGCUACUUAUAAAUGAAUUAUUACCAUAGUUAAUAUUAUCAGAAAAGUUCCAAUUCAUUAAUGAAAAUAUAGCCCUGAAAAGGACUAUUUUCAUAAUCAAAAGAUGACCAAAGAAUCUG